AUAUCUUAGCCAUUGAACUUGGCACACACCAAUUGCUUGUUGGCAACCGCCCUCUAUUCAUGGAGGGUGAUGGCGUUUCAAGUCUGUGGAGCAAUAUGGGAAAGUUGCCCCUUUUCGUGUUUUUCAGAGAUUCUAGGAAUGUUCUGAAGAAGGAUGAACUAGGCAUGGAAAUAGCAAACAUCGGAUUGCCUGCAACGCUUGCUUUGAUGGCAGACCCUGUUGCUUCUCUAAUAGACACGGCAUUUAUUGGCCGCAUGGGUGCCUUGGAGUUGGCUUCUGUUGGAGUGUCGGUUGCAAUUUUUAAUCAAGUAUCAAGGAUUACCAUGUUCCCACUAGUCAGUAUCACCACUUCUUUUGUUGCUGAGGAAGAAGCUGCUAGUAAAACUAGUACCGACAUAGAAGAAAACACCGGAAGUGAUUAUGAUGCUGACCAGGAACUGGUGCCUCUAACUGGCGGCAGUGACAUGAAAAUACCCAAACCUGAGGAUAAAAGAAGGCAUGUACCAUCAGCAACUUCAGCUCUGAUAGUUGGUUGCAUGCUUGGAAUAAUUCAAACUUUGUUCCUCAUUUUCACUGCUAAACCUCUCUUACUGUACAUGGGCGUAAGACCUGAUUCUCCUAUGGUCAAGAUAGCAGCACAAUACUUGAUGCUACGAUCACUCGGUGCUCCAGCUAUUCUUCUCUCAUUAGCUGCGCAAGGGGUUUUCCGGGGAUUAAAGGACACUAAAACUCCCUUGUAUGCUAUCAUCAUUGGAGACUCCGUAAACAUUAUUCUGGACCCUAUACUUAUAUUCACACUUUGUCUGGGCGUCAAUGGUGCCGCCAUUGCUCAUGUAGUUUCUCAGUAUUUAAUCUUUCUCAUACUCGUUUGGAGAUUAGUUGAAGAUUUCGUUCUGUUGCCACCAAACUUUAAAGACCUACAAUUCGGUCGAUUUCUUAAAAGUGGAUUUCAGCUAUUGGUUAAGGUGAUAUCUGCGACAUCCUGUAUGACUGUGGCGGCUUCAUUAGCGGCUAGGCUGGGACCGAAACCAAUGGCUGCAUUUCAGGUUUGCUUCCAGAUUUGGUUGGCAACCUCGUUGCUUGCUGAUGGAUUGGCUAUUGCAGGACAAGCAAUCCUUGCAAGUGCAUUUGCAAAGAAGGAGUAUGAGAAGACAGUUACUGUCGCUGCUAGGGUGCUGCAGAUUGGUGUUGUUUUGGGGCUUCUUUUAUCUUUUAUUCUAGUAGCUGUAUCACAAUUCGCUUCGACUUUGUUUACAAAUGAUUUCGAUGUUUUGGAACUCAUGAACAUCAGCUUUCCAUUCGUUGCAGUAACUCAACCAAUCAAUGCUUUAGCCUUCGUUUUCGAUGGAGUUAACUAUGGAGCUUCGGAUUUUGCAUAUUCAGCCUCCUCCAUGGUUAUGGUUGCAGUUAUGAGCCUCUCUUGCUUGUUCGUACUUGCCUCCAGCCAUGGCUAUGUUGGCAUCUGGAUUGCUUUGACCAUCUUUAUGUGUUUGCGUGUGUUCGCCGGUCUUUUGAGGGUAGGAACCGGCAUGGGCCCUUGGAGCUUUCUCCGCAGCUGAUCGCUGGAAAUGUAUUACUUCACUCUCCUUUUUGACCUGCAUCUGACUUGGGUGUAAGACCCCGAUGGCUGGUGACAACUUGGGGUCUUGACGAUCUUAAAACGGAGCCAGGUCGGAUCUCAAAGUGGAAAAAGUUGCCUCAUCACC